AAAAGCAACAACCCGGCCCACUUAAAAAGGCUGAAAGAACGACGCCGUUUCAUGUUGCGCGCUCUGAGUAAAAUUUCCCAAUUUCCCCUGAUCGUGCAGUUGCCUUGCCUGAGCAGGAAGCCAUUCUCCCUCUUGUGUCUUUUGUAAGCUGAGAUAAUACAAUUUUAAAGGAUUUGCAGAUAUUCACUCGACAAGUGUAUUGGGGAAGAGAUGGAUUCUACUCGAAAACAGUCUUUGUUUUGUCUGAAAUGGCCGAUGCAUGUCAACCAAAACAAUACAACUAGUGUUUGCAAUUUUGAGGGUCCAUGGUUAUUCAAAUCAUUGCAAAAUCUUGGAUCCAUUGCUUUUAGUUCUUUUUUUAAGUCAAAUUCAUGGGCCAAGUCCUUUUUUCCCACCCAAUUGUCUACCAGAGCCAAUCAAAAUAGCAAUUUAAUUUUCAAGAAAAAGAUUUUGAGUCCGGAAGAACAAGGAGAGGCAGAGCAAAGAGCAUUUGCUUCAGCACUAGCUAAUGCAAAAGAGGCUACAGUGAUCGAGUUCUAUUCGCCUAAAUGCAGUCUGUGCAAUUCCUUACUUGGUUUUGUCACAGAGGUGGAAGGUAGGAAUUCAAACUGGGUUAACAUUGUUAUGGCAGAUGCUGAGAAUGAAAAAUGGCUGCCUGAGCUUCUCCACUAUGACAUUACUUAUGUUCCUUGCUUUGUGUUGUUGGACAAAAAUGGGAAGGCACUGGCGAAGACAGGUAUUCCUAGUAGUCGGCUACAUGUAGUGGCAGGUCUCUCUCAUCUUCUCAAGAUUAAGCGCCCCUCAAAUACGUAGUAGCUAGAUUAAAAGCAAUCUGAAUCAGUAAAAUCUGUCCUCCUUCUCAGUUCGUCGAAGACAGUUUUUGAUGGGUGCUGGGCACAUGACUUCCAGGAAAAUGCAUUUUGAGGAGAUAUAAAUUCAUGUGUCCACCAGAGUCUUUCGGUAGCAACAAAAACUCUUAAGAGAAAGGAUUAUACUUCUCAUCUUUCCAGCUUUUCAACAUCUGUAUUUUUCAAGUUGGUUAUCAAUCUGAAACCUGUCUUAUAUGUUGCUGCAUUUAGUCUGAAUUGGUGAGACCGGUGUUUGUUUCAACAGAGAUGAGUAUUUGGAUUCCUCCCUUUGUUGAUUUUGCGAACUGGAUGUGGAAUUCACCCUAAGCUGCAGGAAGCAUAAUUCUACCAUUUGAUAAACGUAUCAUGAUUUGCCUUUUCACAUAGUGGCGUCUAAAGUUGUGCUAUUCAGGCUUCCUUUUUGAGACUCCGAAUAUUGUAGAAGUGUGAAUUCUAUUUGAGAACUUUUUGUGCGGAGACAAUUCUGGUCUUUUUAUUAUCUUGUUAUUAGUGAGAAAAUGAGCACCAUGGUUGGUGAA